UUGGAGCCUUCUAAAGGACUUGAAUAUCUUCACUACAAAAACUGCAUUCAUAGAGAUGUAGCAACAAGGAACUGCCUGGUACACGACAACGACGUAAAAAUUAGUGACUUUGGGUUAUCACGUGAGCUAUCGAAUAGAGAAAAGAAGUAUAAGCUCAAGGACAUGAAUCAACGGCUGCCGAUCCGAUGGUUGGCACCAGAAGUUCUGGCCACGGCGACAUAUUCGACAAAAAGUGAUGUGUUCUCUUUCGGAGUGAUGCUAUGGGAGAUAUACACAGGAGGAGCCCUCCCAUACCAGAAUAUGACGCUUCCCGAAGUUCGUGCACGGGUGCUCUCUGGGUAUCGCUUGUCUGCACCGUACAAAAUGCCCAAAUUUGUACGAAUAAUCAUGAACGAACACUGCUUCCCAAAGACUCCUGAUGAACGCUGGACAAUGGCUGAGGUAAUCAUAACAUGCUCAAGUCGGAUCAAAACUUUGUUCCGGUUUUGA